GUCCGUGGCUGCUCAUCGGGCCGGGCCCCCGGCGGCUGCGGCAACCACCGCCUCCCGGUUACGGGAGCCUCCCUCUGGAAGCCGUCUUUUUUCCGAGGCGCCGCUCCUCUCGGUCUCCGCUCCUCUCGGUCUCCGCGUGAGGACCCGGAGAGGGAGUGCUGACGCAUCCCCGGGCAUCUGCCCGGGAGACCCCAGGGACCUAAUCUCAGAGCGACGAACCAUCCGACAACACAGAACCCAGGUUGGCCCCUGCACCCGAGAGGCGGGCCAGAGCCUUCGCCGAAGUCGGACCGCGCCGUAGGCUGCCUCAACCUUCCCCGAGCUAGGGCCCGGUGGGCCCCGUGAGCCCGGUGGGCGAGGAGGGGACCGAUUCGGUUUUCCGGCACCGCGGGGAUGGCGGAUGAAGCUUUCGAUUACCUGUUUAAAGUAAUCCUCAUUGGGGACUCGAACGUGGGCAAGACGUGCGUGGUCCACCGCUUCAUAUCCGGGCUGUACACGGAGAAGCAGCAGAACACCAUUGGCGUGGACUUCACCGUGCGCUCGCUGGACAUCCAGGGCAAGAAGGUGAAGAUCCAGGUGUGGGACACCGCGGGCCAGGAACGGUUCCGGACCAUCACCCAGAGCUAUUACCGCAGCGCCCACGCCGCCAUCAUCGCCUACGACCUCACCCGGCGCUCGACCUUUGAGUCCAUCCCUCACUGGAUUCACGAGAUGGAGAAAUAUGGAGCCGCCAACCUGGUCCUGAUGCUCAUUGGGAACAAGUGCGAUUUGUCGGAGAAGCGCCAGGUUUUGUUCGAAGACGCCUGCACCCUAGCCGAGAAGCACGGCCUCCUGGCCGUCCUGGAGACCUCCGCCAAGGAGUCCUGGAACGUCAACGAGGUCUUCACGCUGAUGGCCCGAGAGCUGGUGGCCCGGAGCAACCUGCCGCAUCCGUUCCGGGAGAGCCCGCGGGAGGGCCUGACCCUGGACUCCCGCCCGGUGCUCCUCACUCAGCUGGAGGAGGCCCAGCGCUGCGCUUGUUGACGCCCGGAGCCUCCUGUGCCCGAUCCGGAGUGGGCUUGCCGAAGGAGCCCGCUCUGAGCCCGCUCCUGCGAGGCCCACGCUGGCCAGGGAUCCGGUUCCUGCCGUCGGAUCUCGUUCCUGGACGCAGAGCCGGGGAAGUUGGAAGUCGGGACACCGGGGCCUCCGGCCGCCCCCUGGAUGCUCCUAGAUUCCCAGCCUUCAUAUGACCGGCGAGAGAACCAUCUGGAAGUUGUCCUUGGAAAAUCCAGGAAUGUCUGGGGCAGCUUAACGUACCACAGUCACGGGUAUGGACACACAGCGCAGUCACACACAUUCAUAUACACGCUCUGUCUCUUACACACACUCUUUCUCUCUUCAACGGCCAGGAGGGCCUGCACCUGCGGGGGCCGGGCAGCUGCUGCCGGAUGUUUGAAAAGGGAACCUCACAACUCAUCGUAGGACCACAAAUCAGAUGAUGGGCUAUUUAAAGAAUUUCGUGGAGAUUUGAAAAUUGAUCCUUUUAAAUUUUUUUGCCCCAUUUUUGCCCCCCCCCCGAGAAAAGUUGAAAGGGCAAAUCUAGUGUCUACCCCAACCUGUCUGCCCCUCAGCCUUCUGCCACGGUUCUCUGCCCACGGCCGGGGCCGAGCUGGAGACAGAGAGGGGGGCCACCUUCAGGGAUCCGGGACGGUGAGGGCGGCCCCUGGCUUUCCUCUGAUUCUGCAGAUUUUCGAGGCAGAAGACAGAUGAAAGCCAACCGGUUUCUUUUCCAAUCUGUGAAAUUCUAAAAACAUUCUGUAAAACUUUCCAAAACGGGGCAGGGAAAGGGUGAACCACCACAAGCAUCAACAGCAGAAAACGAUGGACGUCGUUUAGACUUUUGCCGAGCUCUUGGACCGCGGAGGGCAGGCCUGGAAAUGCCUGGACUCCCGGGACGAAGAUUCUGGGUCCCUCGGGAUUCCUAAGGGGUUGGGGGACAGGUGGGUAGGGCUUUAACCGGACAUUUUCGCCCCUCACCUCGAGAAAACCAUAGAGGGAAAAGGGUUUCCCGCUGGUCCGUCGGGAGCUGUGAUCACCUCCCUGUGUUUUGCGCGACCCCAUCACGUCACACUGGUGCACGUGCCGCGUAAUCUAAUGACAUCACGUGAGAUUUUCUCCUCACCCGCCCUUUUGACCGAACCCCCGAGCGGCUCGGCUCCAAGACGUCGGCUUUCUCCCCUCUCUCAAAUCCCUUUUCGCCCAUUGCCGUUUUUGAGGAGGGCAGGGGUGAAGUCUCCAUCUUUAGGUAGGGCGUCGGUGUUGCCAUCUUUGAGAGAGGUCACGCGGCCGCCACCUUUACACAGAGCAGUGGUGCGGCCAUUUUUGAGAAAAGCUGUGGGGACGCCGUAUCUUAAAAGUCCCGUGUGACCACCUUCUGCUUCAUCGGGCCCUAUGUGGGCCGCCCUCUCUGGCUCAGUGGAAAGAGCCCGGGCUUGGGAGUCCAGAGGUCGUGGGUUCUAAUGCCGACUC